CAGAUAUUAUGCCAGAUAAAUGAAUAUUAGUACCAAUCAAAAAUUUAGUUCACAUUCUUUUUGUUAGAGGCUUUCCAAUCGUUUGGCAUUCAUCUUUGGCUUUCAUACUUAGCCAGUUUUCUUUUUCAAUAUCGAUUAUAUUCACGGUUUAUAAACGGUUUAUAUUUCAGCAGUUUAUAAACGACGCGAUACUUUUUACGUAAAGUGGGAUAUAAAAAAAAAUCUAAAUUAUAUUUAAGAAAAAGUAUCUCUACACUAUAUACAUACUUCAUAAAUAAUUUUCUGAUAGUUUAAAUCGAAAAAAAUUAGAAAUGCCUUUGCCGGCAGCAUUGGCUGCCCGUCUUGCAAAAAGGGGAUUAAUUACUGGCUCUGAGAAGCAUGAAUCUGGAAAGAAAGAAAUCAAGAAGAAAAUACAUGAAGAAGUAAUAGCUGAAGAUUAUGACAAUACAAAAGAGGAGAUUAACCAGAUUGACAUAUCUCAGAAGUUUAUGGGUUAUAGUGGAUGUCCUAAUAAAUAUAAUAUUUAUCACGAAUGUACAAAAAAAUGUAAAGAAUUAUGGGGAAUAGGACAUGUACAACCUUCAGACAAAUAUUUGCAACAACAAAUGAGACUAAUUCAAAAGUAUCCAUUGCCAGAAACUUGGAAGGCUGUUUACGAUCCUGGAUCAGGACAACAUUAUUAUUGGGAUUGGUCAUCUGAUUUAGUAUCCUGGUUACCUCCUGGUCAUCCUAAGUGUCAAAUAUCGCAACCUGCAUCCCAAUUACGUGAAGAAUUACAUUUGAAGGCAGGGGAUCAAGAUGAUAACAUGUCAAGUGAUGAUAGUACCAGUGAUCAAGAGCAAAUGGAAGUAGAAGAAAGUGAAUCUGUCAAAAAGGAUAGGAAAGUUGAAAAUCGUACAAGAUAUAAAGGACCCGAUAACAAAAGAACUCAUAGAUCUGAUAGAACUGACAGUAAAGAUAAAAAAGAUCGUACAUUGGAUCCCAUGGAUCCAGCAUCAUAUAGUGAUAUACCCAGGGGAAAAUGGUCAGAUGGAUUGGCUAAACAUAACGAGGCUAAAACUGGUGCCGAUACAACUGCUUCGGGACCGCUUUAUCAAAUGAGGCCAUAUCCUAGUCCAGGUGCAGUGCUUCGAUCUAAUAGAGCUAAUAAAGCAGAAGCAGAAUUAUGUAAUAAGACAAAAGUUGCAUUUCCUGAAAAACCGGAAUAAAUAUACUUUGUGAUAAUAA